AAUCUCCCGCGUUCCAAGUUAGGCGGAAAUAGAAAGCCUUCUUUUCUCUAUUUAAGCGCGCCAACAAAGAGUCUCACAGGAUAUCUAACCGUACUUCAUUCACUGCACACAGGAGCGCUUGUUUUUCUCUCUCCACCGGCUCUACUAUCGUCCUGAAAAGAUGCCAGAGGAAACGUCCACCGCGUCCGGCUCCGGGAGUAUGGAGGAGAAGCCGUGCUCAUCAGCAGCAGCAGCUGCAGCAGACAGUUCUGUCGAUGUCAUGGAGGAGGCAAAGAAACUGAUCGGUACAGGGAACAGGCAUCUAGUGAUGGGAGAUGUUGUUUCUGCGGUCAGUGUUUUCCAGGAUGCCUGCAGCAUGCUAGCUGCAAAGUAUGGGGACACUGCAGAUGAGUGUGGUGAGGCCUUCUUCCUAUGUGGGAAGUCCCUACUGGAGCUUGCCAGGAUGGAGAACAGUGUCCUUGGUAAUGCCCUCGAGGGAGUCCCAGAAGAAUCAGAGGAAGAGGAGCAGCCUAACAACUCAAACAUUGAGAGUGCCAGCAACCUUGAUGAAAAAACAAGAGAUGAGCUACGAAAGCAGGUCUAUGAUGCAAUGGCUGACCAGGAAAAAACUGAGGCAGCUGACAUCAAGCUGAAGUCUGAAGAUCCAGAGAACACUGCUGAGGUGUCAAAAGAAAAUGGUGAGGUGAAGUCCCCAGUGAAACGCAUGAAUGGAUCAGAGAAGGCCUCAGAAUCCCCUGUGAACAGGGAAGAGAAGAGUUCAGUCCAGGAAGCCACAGUGAAUGGAGUUGAGAAGACCCCACGUGCUCCUGUGAACGGGGUGGGGGAAAGUCCUGCUAGGUCUCCUGGAAAAGAAACUGCAACAGAGACGAGGGUAGAGAGUGUUAAAGGGCAGAAUGGAGAGGCAACCAAGACCAAGCCAGAGGAUAAGGGAUCCAAACCAGAGGCUGAUCAGAACGAGGAGGAACCAGAGGAUGAUGAUGAUGACGACGACGAUGAUGAUGAUGAGGAUGGAGAGAAAAAUGGAGAAGAAAAGGAGGAGGAAGAAGUUGGGAAUUUGCAGUUGGCCUGGGAGAUGCUGGAGGUGGCUAAAGUCAUUUAUAAAAGAAAGGAAAGCAAAGACGAGCAGCUGAUGGCGGCCCAGGCAUAUCUGAAACUUGGAGAAGUCAGUGCUGAAUCAGGUAACUACCCCCAGGCGCUAGAAGACUUCCAGGAGUGUCUUGCCCUGCAGCUGAAGCACUUGCCUCCCCACAGUCGUCUGCUGGCUGAGACCCACUACCACGUCGCCACCACACUGUGCUACAUGGACCAGUACAGCCAGGCCAUCCAGCACUACAACAGCUCCAUAAAAGUUAUCGAGACCCGUCUGGCCAUGUUGCAGGAGGUGAUAGAUGCAGCAGAGGGAGCAGAUGGCGCAGCAGAGGAGAAGAACGAGAUGGAGGAGCUUAAGCAGCUUCUGCCCGACAUCAGGGAAAAGGUGGAGGAUGCCAAGGAGAGCCAGAGAACAGCCAGCACUGCCUCACAGGCCAUCCAGCAGACACUAGGUGGUGCCUCAACCUCAUCAGCAUUCCUAUGUGAAAAUGGGGGCCCUUCAUCUUCAUCAGCAUUUGCAACAGCCAGCCAGAUUCCCGUUAAAUCUGCGUCUGACAGCGCCUCGUCUUCCAAAGCAGUCUCUGACAUCUCCCACCUCGUCAGGAAAAAGAGGAAACCAGAGGAGGAGAGCCCAGUAAAGGACACUGAUGCUAAACAAGCGAAACAGGAAGCCACAAUUAAUGGCAGCGGUGACUCUAGUGCCAGCAACGGCAAAGGAGUCCAGGAGGGAAAAUCGCAGGAGCCUGCCAACCAGUCAGCCUCUGUCGAAUCUUCAGCGUGACGGUCUUCGUCUCUUUCCUGAUCUUCAAAACCAGCACAGCAUGCCUGUCCAGCCCCUCUCCACCUUCAGCAAUUUUGUUUCUGUAAAUAAGAUCCAUUUUCAUAGAUUUGUCUGUCCAGUUUUGUAUACUUGUAGUAAAAAAAAAAAAAAAACAAAACAAAAAAAACAACAAAAGAAUAAAGAAUUUGCAGAUGUACAUUUGUAUCACUUUUUUUUUUUUUUUUAAAGACUUUGAGGUUGUGUCUCAACCAAAAAACACUGGGUGCUGAUGGCAGCUGUUCCUGUUGGAGGAAAUGAAACCUGUACUAAUAAUUUGCCAACUUGGAUUUUUUGGCAUUUGCAUUAAGUCAACCAUUGGUUAAUAGUAUUCAUACAAAUGUAAGUACUUGACCUGAAUUGAGAAUAUCUGGAUUAAGGAUAGGGUUUUUCCACAAGAAUUCAUUUAUAUUUAAUGUGCAGCUGAUUAAUAGAUUCGCAGUGAAUGCUCUAACCUAGCAGCAGGUGCUACAGUCAUUUAUUCAAUUUGCAGCGAUUGUCAACUCUUGCACUCAUUGUAUAAAUGCAAAAGUUUCCUUCAAAAUGUGAUUAUUGAUAUUAGUAAUAUUUUCUGGUUUUCUUAUACUCUAAGAUGUUAAAUGGAAUAUGUGGAGUUUUGUACUGGUGGACAAGUAAAACAAGACAUUUGAAAACA